UUCCAUGCUCUCGCUGUUAAAGUUCCCAACUUUUUUUUCCUUUUAAAACAAUAAAACAAAUAAAUCAAUUUUCUCUCUCCUCAGUAACAAUUUUUCUUUUUCCUCCUCAUCUUCCUUCCUCAAAAUUCUCGACCGCGAAACUAGCUUUUUUCGUUUUCUCCUUUGCCGCUCAAAGACACCUUUCCUUUUAAAACCAAAAUCCAAAACCCUAAUUUUUUUUCUUUAUUUCCCCCCUUUUUUCUCCUUCUUCAUAUAAUUAUAUAAUAAUUUCCAGAUCUGUUUCGUUUUCUCUUUUGUGUUCUUCUACUUUAAUUUUUUUUAUUAAUUUCAAUUGAAUUUUUCAUAACGGUAUUUCCGCAAGAUCUGCUAUAUUCGAAAAUUAGUAACUGUUUGUUAUGCAGAUUCAUAUUUUCAACGUCUGAGAAGGGUUGCUCGACGGAUUUAACAAUGGUUAUUUAUUGGAGAAGGAUUUGACAGUGUCAUUAAUUGCAGUGAUAUCUAGUUUUCUUAUUGGAUGGUUUUAUUAUUACUCAAUUGGGAAAUAUUUAUAGAUAGAUAUCGUAAGUGUUGGACACAUCAAAGUCGUUUAAUAUGGGAGAAAGGGAAGUUUUUGUGCUUGCAUUAGCCAGCAACAAUGUCGAAUUCGCAAAUAAUUUUAGAAAUGAAUUGAAGAGAGAGCUCUAUUGUGUUGUGAAUGACGCAGAGUUAGAGACAUCACCUAGAAAGAAACUUGCAAGUGAAACGUCGAAUGUGAAUGGCGAUGAUAUGUCAUCAGAAGUUUUGGACCCCAUUGUUUCGACGACGAUAGAGAAUGAGAACGAAAACGAAAAUGAGAAUCAGAAUGAGAAUGAGAAUGAGAAUGCAUCUAGUUUAGAGACUACUACUAGCACUCAUCCUGCUGACUUAGUUAGGAAUAGUGAUAAUCAAGUUAAUUCAGACGAGACAACAUCGGAAAGUUCAGGGAAUUCUUGCACCAUGAGCUGUGGUGAUGAGAUGAUGAGGAGCCGUGGUUGGACUGGACUUUCUACUUCCCAAGUUACUUUGGAAAUCCCUGAACAUGCUAGCACCACUGGGAUUCGAAAAAUUACACUCAAGUUUAGUAAAAGUAAAGAGCAAUAUGAGAGCAAAUUACCCACUCCGGCAGCUCGAGCUUUCUCCAAUGGGCUUCAUGAUGGAGAUUCAGUAAUUGAUUCCAAUGACGAGCUUGGGAUGGAUGAUUCAAAUGAGCGUUUCUUAUAUAAUAUGGAGUUGAAAAUGUCGAAGAAGGUUGUCAGUGAUAGCUACCCCACAAAUGUUAAGAAGCUGUUGGCCACUGGUAUAUUGGAAGGAGCUAAAGUGAAAUAUGUUUCCACCUCUGGGGAGAAGGAGAUACCUGGAGAAAUAAGAGGUUGUGGAUACCUCUGUGGUUGUUCAGCAUGUAACUUUACCAAUAUUCUUAGUGCAUAUGAAUUCGAGCAGCAUGCUGGUGGAGCAAAAACUAGACAUCCGAACAAUCACAUAUUUUUGGAGAACGGGAGACCAAUAUACAGCAUUAUUGAAGAAUUGAAGACUGCUCCACUUGGAAUACUUGAAGAAUUGGUGACUGAUAUGGCAGGUUCAUCUGUCAAUCAAGGUUCAUUCCAAGCUUGGAAAGACAGUCUUCAACAGCGCAAUGAAGGGGUUCAGACUGAAAGGAGAUAUCAAAGUAAAUAUUCUAGCAUUCCGCUGACACAUCUGAGCCUCACAACUAAAUGUAUGGAUGAUGAGCAAAGAGUAUUCAAACGGAGAGUGUUGUCCACGAAACCCGUGGGGAAAAGGUUAAAUGAUUCAACCUCAUCUUGUACGGGGUCACAGAAGAGAUGUGGUGAAGGUAGCAUCAAGAAAAGCAGGGAUAACGAUUUGCAUCGGUUGCUCUUCCUGCCAAAUGGGCUUCCGGAUGGUGCAAUUUUGGCUUAUUAUGCUAAAGGACAGAAAGUUCUUGAUGGUUACAAGCAAGGUAAUGGCAUUGUGUGCGGGCACUGUGAGUAUGAGAUUAGCCCUUCGCAGUUUGAAGCUCAUGCUGGAUGGGCUGCCAGAAGACAACCCUAUCGUCACAUUUAUACUGCCAAUGGGCUUACACUCCAUGACCUAGCCAUGUCACUGGCUAAUGGACAGACCCUGACUACGGGAAACAAUGAUGACAUGUGUACGCUAUGUGGAGAUAGAGGAGAGCUCAUUCCUUGUGCCGGCUGCCCUAGGGCUUACCAUCAAACCUGUCUGCGAUUGGAGAAUUCCCCAGUGGGCGAUUGGCGUUGCUCUAAUUGCAAUGAUAGAAAAGCUGAUUUAGACUCUUCAAAUAGUUCUAAGCCAAUAGUCAUCAGGUUGACACGAGUUGUAAAGAAUGCUGAAACUGUUUGUGGCGGCUGUGUUCUCUGCAGGGAACAUGAUUUCAGUGUUGACAAAUUUGAUGACAGGACUGUUAUAAUAUGUGACCAAUGUGAGAAGGAAUAUCAUGUUGGUUGCUUGAGGGGUGAUGGGCGCUGUGAUCUGAAAGAACUUCCUAAGGACAAAUGGUUCUGCUGUAAUGAUUGUGACAGGAUUUAUGUUGCUUUGAGGGCCCUUGUCAUAAGAGGCUCAGAGAUGAUCUCAUGUUCAGAGUCCAUGAAAUUAAACAGGAAACUUCUGGUGAGGGGAUUGAGCGAAGUUGCUGAUAAUGGUAUAGAAUGGCGUAUACUGAGUGGAAAAUGUCGCCUUAGUGAACAUCUACCUUGGCUUUCUAAGGCUGUUUCUAUAUUUCGGGAAUGUUUCAGUCCUAUAACUGCAAAGGCUGGGCGUGACCUCAUUCCUGUAAUGGUCCAUGGAAGAAAUAUUUCUGGCCAGGAGUUUGGAGGAAUGUACUGUGUACUCCUAAUGGUCAAGUCAGUUGUCGUGUCAGCUGGUCUUCUUAGAAUCUUUGGUCGUGAAGUAGCUGAGCUUCCCCUUGUGGCCACGAGCAAGGAAUAUCAAGGAAAAGGAUACUUUCUUGCGUUAUUCUCUCGUAUUCAGAAGUUACUGAGUACCUUGGAGGUGGAAAAUCUGGUGCUUCCGGCAGCAGAAAAGGCCAAAUUCAUGUGGGUAAAUAGACUAGGUUUCAGAGAUAUGAGCCAAGAAAGAUUGUCUGUAUAUACCAGGGAGUUUCAGCUGACAGAGUUCAGUGGAACAGUUAUGUUGGAGAAGAAAGUGGAGCGAGUUAUUGAUUGAUGUGGAAUUCUUCCUGAUUGCUGUAGCCGUAACUACAUUCAAUAAAUUCACACCACGAGGAAAAGGAAAAGAAAGAAAUGAGAAGUGAAACGAAGUUAGAUUUAGGAAUACUUUUUUUUGUUUUUCCGUAGGAGGCUUUAGGUCCUGGUCAUCUCCUUUUUGGUCCGCUUUUGGUGUUAUAUAGUUUUGCUUGAGGAUUUAAGUUGCCUCUGCACACCUUGGAAAAGAUGAAAAUAGAGAUGGAGUGAUAGUGGAAAUAAUUCCGUUUCGUGUCAUUCUGAUAUUAGUUGUCUCGGUGGUAGUAGUUCAAGUGAAAGCAUUUCUUUGUAGAUAAGCUUAUUGGAAGUGUCAAUGCAAUAUUUAUUUUAAAUGAAAGCAUUAUAUUUAUAAUCUCA